AUGGGCAAACAACCCAACCUCUUUAGCUACCCCACAGUCGACGAGGUCGCUGCGCAUCUGCGCGUUUAUAUCCUCUCCUGCCAAAAGACGGCACUUCACCGACACGAUUGCUUCAAAGUCGCUGUUUCAGGCGGCAGUCUUCCCGCAACCCUUGCAAAGGCGCUCCUUACGCCAGGUCACCAAGAAGACCCCGCACUCGGGCCACAAUUUUCGAAAUGGCAAAUCUUCUUCGCAGACGAACGAGCCGUACCUUUCGAUGACAAGGACAGUAAUUACGGGUUAUUGAAGAAAGAACUUCUCGAUAAAAUCCCGUCCGAGCAAGGGACGCCCGCUGUCCAUCCUAUCGAUGUGACGCAGCUCGGCAACACCCAGGAGCUGGCGGACCGGUAUCAAGAAGUCCUCAUGUCAACAUUUGCCAGCAAGGAUUCUGUGAAAGUGCCCAUCUUUGAUCUAAUCCUCUUGGGUUGUGGACCGGACGGCCACACAUGUAGUUUGUUUCCCGGCCACGAACUGCUGCGAGAAGCAGACGCUUGGGUGGCUGCAAUCGAAGACAGCCCGAAACCGCCGCCAAAAAGGAUCACCUUGACUUUGCCCGUGUUGACACAUGCUCACAAGAUUGCGUUUGUCGCCACUGGAGGUGAGAAGAAAGGAAUUUUGAAGAAGAUCCUAGAAGCGGACGAUGAGGGAAGAAGCCUACCUUGUGGGCUGGUCAAUGAAGGCGGCGGGGAGAAGGUCAGCUGGUUCACAGAUGAUGCAGCAGUGGAAGGAGUGGCAUUCCCUAGGAGGGGCAGCCUGUGA